AUGCCGAAAUCUGCGAGCGUGCUUUCGCUCGAUUCCACGGCUGCGACGAGCGCGGGAUCGGAUGGCGCGAACACGACGCAGGUUGGGUUAGGACGGGAAGAUAAGGAUUUAUUCCCUAGAUCAGAUGUUGCGCUCGCGAAUGAGCGCGUUCAAAAUCAAUUGGAGCUGGAGAAAUGCAAGCAUUUACUCGAAAACUUCAUAAAUCAACCCGAGGCGUUGAACUUCCGGGAUCCCAUCGAUCCGCAGACGGUGGAGCGCGCGAAUUACGGGUCCGUGGUGGAAGAGCCCAUGGGUCUGACGAUCGUGCUGAACAAACUUAGAAUGAACGCCUUUGCGUCGUCUCGAGAGGUUUGGAAAGCGUGCAAUUCGAUUUGGUCCAACUGUCGGUCCUGUUACCCGUCGUCUAGCAGAAUGAGAAAGCUGUGCGAUUUAGCCGAGCUGAUGUUCACCACGACUUGGCGGGCGCAAGGAUUGAACAAGUUUAGCGACGCAUCGGACGACGACUCGUGCGACGCACCACCUGGGAUGAAAAGUCUCAAUGACUUCAAAAACGCUGGCCCGAAAACCGCCACGCGUCCUCCGAGCGGCGCGGUGACGUCCGCCAGGGUUGGCCGCAGCCGCGUGGCAUCGUUCAAAUGCGACGUCUGCAAGCGCA